AUGACACAGACAAUAGCGACAACGGCAUCGCCGACGCCGCUGAUCAUCGACACGGAUCCCGGCGUAGACGAUGUGCUUGCCAUCUUGCUCGCCCUCGCUUCGCCGGACGAAGUCUCGAUCAAGGCAAUCACGCUGACGUUUGGCAACACGACGCUCGACCAUGCCCACGCAAACAUCCUCAGGACGGGCGCCGUAUUGCAACGCCAUCUGGCCGACCCUUCUACUCCGGAUAGGGUCAAGCAAACCUACCGUGCUUUCAGUGCCAACGCUGAUCCCAUCGUCGUUGCUUCUGGAUCGACACAACCUCUGGGCGGCAAGAUGUUCACCGCCUCUUACUUCCACGGCCGUGACGGUCUGUCUGGGGUGCACUGGCUACCGAGCGAUCCGUUUCCCGUACCCAAAGAGGUGCCGGCGCCCCUGGCUCCCACAGAUACGCACGCAGCCGAUGUGAUCCUUGAUGUGAUUCGGCAACAUCCCCCGCACACUGUCCGGAUCGCAGCACUGGGUCCACUCACCAACCUCGCCGCUGCCUUCCGCAAGGAUCCAGAGACAUUCGCCAAGGUAGGCGGCAUCUCUGUGAUGGGCGGCGCGUUUGACGUGCCGGGCAACACGUCACCCCUCGCCGAGUUCAACUGGUAUGCCGACCCGUAUUCGGUGCGGGUACUGAUCGACGAGGCUCCCCGACACCCGGCGCUUCACGGCAAGAGGCUACCGAUCCAGGUCCUGCCGCUCGACAUUACCUCGCCUCACACUGUACCUUAUUCCAGCCUGGUCAAGGGCACCUACGAGACACCAGAGGAUGCACCUCAAGGUGUCAGUCAUCUGGAAAGGUUCAUCGGCACGUUUCUAACACACCCUCGGGCAUUCACCAACAACCUUGUCGCACCGGAGGAGUUCCACCCGGAUCAGCACGACCUCUUUGAAGCGCACGACCCCUUGGCUGUAGCGCACGCCGUGUUUGCCCCCAUGCCUGCUUCCGGCUCAGUAGAUGGCAAUGGUUGGAAGCAUGCCCCGCGUCGAUUCCAGAUCGAAACCUCCGGUGAUCUCACUCGAGGCUUUUGCGUCGUAGACCGUAGAUUCACGGGCACGGGGCACGGGAGUAGCAGAAAGAGGGGCGGCAAUCGAGCGGAAGAUGCGGAGGAGCAGCUGCAACACACGAUCGACAAGGUUGAUGCUCCCCUUCAUCCCAAAAGCGUCGAGGCGCUAGACGAGUCGCAGAUUGGGCUGGUGGACGAAGUGACUGGCACGCCGGGGAUUGACUGGUUUGCGAACAUGUUUUUGGAGCGUAUUGGAUUGUGA